AAUCUCUUUCUCUUUGUUCUCUCAUAUCUUCUCCCCUUGCUUCCCUUCCAUUUCUCUCCUUAAAUAGUAUAUUAUAAAAACAACAACAACCAAAUCUCGGCAUCCUCUCUUCCUCAUAUAUAUGAAACCCUCCUCUCUUCCUUCUCUUUUUUUGGUCCAAUUCAAUCGAAUCCUUCAUCUACGAUCUUGAUUUCUAUUCUUUCUAUUUUUUUGGGUUUUGAUUUUCUUGUUUAUUAGUUCCUGUUUUUAUUGAAUUAUUGAAUCGAUUUGGGUUUUGGAUCCCUUCUUCUCAUGAUUUGUAUUAUAGAAAAAAUAAAAAUAAUGAGGGGUAGAGAUGGAGGGAUUGAUGGUGGUGGUGAUGAUGAUAAAUCUAAGAUGAGGAUGGGAGUACAGAAUUAAUUAUAAGAAUCUUGUGAUUGAAUUCAAUAAAAUUAAUUACAUAACAAGUAUAAUAUAGGAUGCCAGGAUUAGCACAGAGAAAUGAGCAAUUUAGAAAUGCAACAUCAUCUGGGGGUUCUUACUCAAUUUCUGCUAAUGGGUUCUGGUCUAAACAUCGUGAUGAUGUUAGCUUCAACCAGCUCCAGAAGUUCUGGAGUGAGCUGCCACCACAAGCUCGACAGAAGCUACUGAGGAUAGACAAGCAAACCCUGUUUGAGCAAGCUCGUAAGAACAUGUACUGUUCUAGAUGCAAUGGGCUAUUGCUCGAAGGUUUUAUGCAGAUUGUCAUGUAUGUUAAGUCUUUACAGCAGGAAGGGGGAGGGGGGCACAUUCCCUGCAACAGACUGGAAGCCUCGAAAAAUCUAAAUGAUUGUGGAUCACAUGUACCUAAUGGGUGCCAAGAUGAAAUUCAAGAUCCAUCUGUCCAUCCUUGGGGUGGUCUCACGACGACACGUGAUGGAUCAUUGACGCUUCUGACAUGCUACUUGUUUUCAAAGUCUCUGAAGGGACUCCAAAAUGUCUUUGACAGUGCACGAGCAAGGGAGCGGGAAAGGGAAUUGCUCUAUCCUGAUGCCUGUGGUGGGGGAGGUCGGGGUUGGAUUAGCCAAGGAAUGGCAAGUUAUGGUAGAGGACAUGGAACAAGAGAGACAUGUGCACUGCAUACUGCCAGGCUUUCUUGUGAUACACUAGUGGAUUUCUGGUCAGCACUUGGAGAAGAGACCCGGCUGUCUCUUUUAAGGAUGAAGGAAGAGGAUUUCAUAGAGAGGCUCAUGUGCAGGUUUGACAGCAAGAGAUUUUGUAGAGAUUGUAGAAGGAAUGUUAUUCGUGAAUUUAAGGAGCUGAAGGAGCUGAAGCGCAUGCGACGAGAACCUCGCUGCACUAGUUGGUUUUGUGUUGCAGACACUGCCUUCCAAUAUGAGGUGUCUGAUGAUUCUGUCCAAGCUGAUUGGCGCCAAACCUUUUCUGAUACUGUUGUAUCAUACCAUCACUUUGAAUGGGCAGUUGGAACAGGAGAAGGAAAAUCUGAUAUUCUAGAAUUUGAAAAUGUAGGCAUGAAUGGAAGUGUUCAAGUCACUGGUCUAGAUCUUGGUGGUUUGUCUGCAUGUUUUAUCACUCUGAGGGCUUGGAAAUUUGAUGGCCGCUGCACCGAGCUUUCUGUAAAAGCUCAUGCCCUAAAGGGUCAACAAUGUGUGCACUGCAGGCUCGUAGUAGGUGAUGGUUUUGUUACAAUUACCAGGGGGGAAAGUAUCAGAAGGUUUUUUGAGCAUGCUGAAGAGGCCGAGGAAGAAGAGGAUGAUGAUUCUACGGAUAAGGACGGAAAUGAACUUGAUGGAGAAUGCUCCCGUCCCCAAAAGCAUGCGAAGAGCCCUGAACUUGCUCGAGAAUUUCUUCUAGAUGCUGCAACUGUUAUUUUUAAGGAACAGGUUGAGAAGGCUUUCAGAGAAGGAACUGCUCGCCAAAAUGCACAUAGCAUCUUUGUUUGUCUUUCACUAAAACUACUGGAAGAUCGGGUUCAUGUUGCUUGCAAAGAAAUUAUUACAUUGGAAAAGCAGAUGAAGCUUCUUGAAGAAGAGGAAGCAGAAAAACGUGAAGAAGAAGAGCGCAAGGAGAGAAGAAGAACAAAAGAAAGAGAGAAAAAGAUUCGAAGGAAGGAGAGGUUGAAAGGAAAAGAAAGGGAUAAAGAAAAGAAGUGUCCUGAAUCAAAUGAUAUUACCAUAUUUCCUGAUGUUUCAAAGGAUGAAACAACACCAAGUGUUGAUGAAGAACUGAACAAUGCUAUCUGCUGUAGGGAUUCAGUAAGUGAAACAGGCGAUAUUUCUCUGUCCAGGCCUGGAUCUCCUGACAUUCAAGAUCAACAGUUUUCAUAUGGAUGUGAGACUUCUAUAAUGGAAAAUGAUUCCUACGAUAGUCCUGAUGGGGAGGUUGCAAAUUUGAAAGAAGGGACCGGCUCUUUUUCGACCGAACAAUCAAAAUAUUCGCGCCGACGAUUGAAAUUUCGGAAAGAAGUUCAACUUGAUUCAUCUUUGAAGUGGCCUGAUAGACGUCGAUUUGCAGUUAUUUCAGAAAGUGGGGCCGUGGUUAAUAGAUCUGAGUUAAGACACCACAGUGAUAAUUUUGAGACUCCUCCUAGGCUUGUUAAUGGAUUGAAUAGGUUGUCAAGGAUUAAUGGUCCAAAGUCCAAUGGUCGAAAUUGUGGCCUUAAGUUCAACGAGAACUUCCAUUGUUCCCACAACAGGAUGAAUGACAGAUAUGACUUCCAUUCUUGCAGCUGUCACCAGAACAUUGAAUGCAGGGUAAAGGUUGAACCACAUGUUUCAUCAUUAAGAUCGGAUCAAGAGAGCAAAUCUGUUGGCAAGUCAGAAGCAGUGAUGGAUAUGCCCAAGCAGUUCUAUCGUGGUACCAAAUAUAGUCCAGUAAAUUACAUGCGUGAAGGUUGUGGAAGAAUCAAAAUCAAAUCCAGCAUGGGAAACAAUUCUAAGAAAGUCUGGGAGCCCGUAGAAUCACAAAAGAAGUACUCUAGAAGAAGCUCAGACUCUGAUGUUACCAUGAGCUCAUCUACUAAGGUUGAAGCCGUGGUACCAGACAGCAAACUCUUCAAGUCAUCUGGUGAUAUGUGUUCCAGUGAAGUUACAGGAGAUUCCAUUGAAACUGAUCAUGAUGAGAAUAACUUGAAGGAAUCAAGGGACCGCAGCCUUGCAACAGUUGAAGACUGCCAGAGUGGAUGCCAUGUGGAAGCGAAUGGUUGCUACUCGACAGAAACUUCUUAUGAGGAAGUCAGUUCAUGUCCUGCAAAAAACUCUGCAUCGUCUGAGACUUCUGAUCCUGGCAUUGGAAGCUCUUUGAGUUCUGAUAACUGCUCAUCUUGCCUUAGUGAGGGAGAUAGCAAUACAGUUUCUUCAAACAAUGGACAUCCUGAAUCGUCUUCCACUUCAGAUUCAGAAGACACCAGUCCACAAUCAGAAGGAAGAGACACUUCAACAUGCAGUGGAAAUGGUUUCUCCAAUUCUCAUGAACUGGUGCUGGACAACAAACCGAGUACAAAUGGAGAUGAGGUGUUUGGAAGCAAGAAACCUUUUGAGCUUCAACCAGAUGGUCUAAGAUUGAACAUUUUGGGAAAUCCACCUACAACAACUGUCCAAAAUCCUGACAAUGGAAUACCUACUGUUAGUGUGGGUUUGCAACGUCAAGUUGUGUUUCCACCUAUGCAUAACCAUAAUUUACAGUUUCCAGUUUUUCAAGCUCCUUCAACAAUGGGCUACUACCAUCAUCAAACUCCAGUUUCUUGGCCGGCAGCUCCAGCCAAUGGAUUAAUGCCCUUUCCCCAGCCUAACCACUAUCUAUAUGCUGGUUCUCUUGGCUAUGGUUUGAAUGGAAACUCACGCUUUUGUAUGCAAUAUGGUCCAGUGCAGCAUUUGGCAACUCCGGUGUUCAAUCCUGGUCCAGUUCCAGUUUAUCAGCCAGUUGCCAAAGAAUAUGGCUUGAACUCAGAGGUACGAACAGAGACACGUAUGAUGCAGGAAACUUUAACUGAAGCUAAUAAGGAGAGGAUGGUUCCAGCUAAAUCACGUUCAACAGAAGCACCACCCAGUGGGGAAAGUGGGAAAGUCGAUAAUUCUGCCAAGUUGCCCAACGGUAAUAGUGGAUUUUCCUUGUUCCAUUUUGGUGGUCCUGUCGCUCUUUCAACAGGAUGUAAGUCGGAUCCUGUGCCUUCAAAAAAUGGAAUCAUUGGAGAUUUUUCUUCGAAGGUCACAACAAAUCAGAUUGAAAAUGAUCCUGCUUGCAAUAAAAAAGAGAUUGCCAUGGAAGAAUACAACUUGUUUGCAGCAAGUAAUGGCAUAAGGUUUUCAAUCUUCUAAUAUAUUAUUAAGAAGUUGUGAGGUAAGUGUUUGGGGCCCUACCUUCUUAUUUCGUAUUGGAAGUUUGAUACCAUGUAAGCCAGUUGACAAUAAUCUUCCGCCGAGAAAUUCCAAUUUUAGCUCUAGUUUUUUUCAGAUGAUUUGAUAUACAAUUUGGCUGAUUUUUUUUCCCUUUUUCUUUUUUAAUGUAGAGAGAGAGAGAGUUGGGAGAGUGGUAUAAUGUUUGAGGUUUUCUGUACGAGGUCAACUUUUUUUCUUUUCUUUUUCCUUUCUGAUGAAGCAUUUGUUGGUAUGAGAUUUUACAAUUGUUGAAAUCAUUUGAAUUUCUUUUUUGGCUCCUUUUACUUCUAUAAACUCUGCUAUUGACUUA